AUGCAUUUCACCACGCUCCUCCCCCACCUCCUCGCGCUCCUCGCCGUCCCCGCGCGCGCACAAAGCAGCGGCACCGGCCCCUACCCAGCAAAAUACACGACCUCCACAACGCUCCCCAAGCACACGAUCUACCUCCCCUCCACGCUCCCCUUUAACCAAUCCCUCCCGGUGAUCGCCUGGGGCAACGGCGGGUGCAUGGGCCGGGGCCUCACGUUCUCCAACUUCCUAACCGAAAUCGCCUCUUACGGCUUCAUGAUCGUCGCGAACGGCGCGCCGGACGGGCGGCUGUUCCCGCAGACCACUGCGGCGAUGUUGACGGCGACGCUGGACUGGGCGGAGGAAGCGAGCGGGGAGGGCGGGGAGUACCAGGGAAGACUGGAUACGGGGAGUAUGGCCGUUGCGGGACAGAGCUGUGGUGGCUUGGAGGCAAUAAACGUCGGGAAUGAUACUAGGGUCAGGACGGUGGGAGUUUUUAAUUCGGGAUUGCUGGAUAUGGAGAAGAAGGACUUGCUGGAUAGGAUAAGGGUGCCGGUUUAUUACUUCCUCGGCGGGAGUGGUGAUAUUGCCUACCCCAACGGCGAGCGCGACUACGCGGACCUGCCGGCGGGGCUGCCAGCGUGGAAGGCAAACUUUGAUGUUGGGCAUAUGGGGACGUAUAGCGAGGCCAACGGCGGGGAGUUUGGGAAGGCCGCCGUGGCGUAUUUCAAGUGGGCGCUCAAGGGGGAUACUGCGGCGAAGGCACUGCUGAUCGGAAAUCCACCCGGGCUGGCUGCGGCCGGGUGGGAUGUGGUCUACAAGAAUAUGGCGUAG